GGGGGCGUCCUGGCUGGCCUCGGAGUGCGCAGGCGUCCGAGCAGCCCCUGCAGGGGGAUGCCCGGGGCCUUAUUUUGACGCUUGUAUAUACGCGCUGUCGUUGUAAAAAACAAACAAACAAACAAUCCCCCAAAAAACCUUAUUGAAAAGACAACCGUUUUGGUUAAACUCUGAAUCAGGCUCUUUAUUUGGAACCUACUGCGGUUUUAGAAUGGGAAAUAGGCUGCCUACUUCUAUAGAAUUGUCUAGUGAUGCUGCUGUGAAUCAAAUACAGGAGAUUAUUUCAGACAACUGUGUUGUGAUUUUCUCUAAAACAACAUGCUUCUACUGCAAAAUGGCAAAAAAACUUUUUGAGGGUAUGAAUGUAAAUUACACAGCUGUAGAACUUGAUGUGAAUAAAAACGGAAGUCAGUUCCAAGACGUUCUUGAGCAGAUGACUGGUGGCAGAACAGUCCCGAGGGUGUUUGUCAAUGGGACUUUUGUUGGAGGUGCUACAGAUACUCAAAGGCUUCACGAGGAAGGCAAGCUGCUUCCAUUAGUUCAUCAAUGUCAAAUGAGAAGAAAAUUCUGAACAGCCAUCUAGCCUAGCUUAGUCUUGUUUUUAGCCUUCUGCACAGCUGGAAUUUCAGACCAGUUAAAAGAUCACAAAGGUAUACUGCAAAGGUAUACAACAUCAGCUGAACGUAACAGGACGUCAAGACAUGGCUUUCUGAACCACAGAUCAUUUUCUGACACUUCAUGGGCUUGGCAAAUUAUUUGGUCUCCUUGCCUCAGCUUUACGACAACCAAAAUAGUGAUAAAAACCAUCAUCUACCUCUUGGGGCUCUUAAGUGAUGCUGUCUCAUAGCUGAUGUCUUUUAUCGCUAUUACAUCCUGAUACUAUGCUUUGGAGAAGUACAGAUUUAUGUGUUAGAAAAAUACUAUACCAGUGCAUGUGAAAUGGGUGAUAAUGAGACCUGCAUUGCUGUUUCCUACAAAACUUCCCUUGAAGACUUUCUCCACAACGCUGGAAAGUUUUGAAGAAUCCUGUAUUUUAUGCUGCAAAUUAAUUUGCUAAUUUUGUUUCAACAUAGUUACAAGAAAUGGUCAAAGUUCAGUUUAAUAGUUCCUUUAAAUUUAUUUCUCCUCUGAAUAUCGAAUGGGUCAUCGUGAAGAAAGUACAAAGCAAAACAAGUUUGUAGUGAUGUUACUAUAUGUAAAGCCUGGUAUUAUUUUAUUCUAUGUCCUAGUUUAGAAUCUUCUACUAAAAGCAGUGUCUACAGUUAAACUUCUGAUGUUUUCAGGGGCAUAUGUAUAUUUUAAAUAGUAAUGGAAAUACCUGUGUUUACUCGAAUUAAAUUGUAGUUCUACAAACUUGCCAUGAGCCAUUGUGCUGUAUUUAAAUUAUGGAAAUAAGCUAUUGCAAAUAUGGAAUUAGUCAGUGAGUGGCAUAUGAAGUGCUUCAGUCAUCUGUUUUAAUAGAGGAGGAUGGUAUUAUGGGAGAUAAGUUUACUUUUCUCUUUUACAUUCAUUGUUUAUAAAGUAAGUGCAAAGUUACAGUAACUUUUAAGUGGUGCAUCUGAUAACUCCAUCAUUAAACUUUUUAUGGAGUUGA